CCAGCGCCUCACGCUUUUAUUUGACAUCACAUUCCGAUUCUACUACAGUUUAGGUAAAGCAGCGCAGACAAGGAGUAGAAAGUGUUUUCAUUAUAAAAUCUUCUAGAACACCCAAUUUCGUGAUUGAUUCGUUUUGGACGUGGCUCGACCCCACUUUGAAUCAUCUAUUUGGCUUUUUGUUUUUUUGAAUUCGAUACAUGAUCACUUGUGAAUAUAAUUCCAUUCCAGAUUCCAUUCCAGCAAGUUUCUGGUCCCUCAUCCGUUUUCGUAAUUUGCCACUCUAACCUGGUAUUGUUUCUUAUGAAACAAAUCGAAUGAAAACGAAUUGGUAAAAGUUGAUAUUAUAGUUAAUAAGGUUACCCAUCGAUCCACAUGACUGAGACCGCCUUCAUCUUGAAUUGAGGUGAGAUAGCCGAGGUCGGACUUACCACACGCUGACAAACUAGGACUCUCGACCGCAACAAGCACAAGCAGUGGCUGCCGUCAUAGUCCUUCGACUGUUCCGAAUCUUGUGCUUUAAUCCUCUUUGGUGGAACCUUUAAUCCGGCGAUACGCGUCUUUCAUUGAUCGAGCAGCUCGUACCUGCAGUGCACAGAACGAUAACGAAAUUUUCGAGUAAGUAGCUAGCGAGCUGCUCCAGUAGGGACUCGGGUGUUGGAGCAGUGUCAGAAAUUCCGCGCGCUCGCAUCAUCUUCCUGCCAGCAUAUUCGAACGCACACUCUCAAAAACGGAGGCGUACUCGACACAAUCACAAGUCGGCAAGUCCUGAGGGAACGAAAGCGAGAUCUCCAUACUGCUGUCGCAAUAUUGUCACCCAGGCAGCUUGUAUUUUAUCCGCGAGCUUGAGGGAAUUUAGUAAAGCGAUAUCGUUCACUAUCGAUCACACGACUGCUUCACCUACGUCAAGCCUCGCGCAUCAUCAAGAAGAAAAAUGUCGGCAUUGAACUUGCUAUACCCAAUUCCGAUUCCGGAAGCGAAAACCUCAAUAGAGUUCCAGGACUUUAUACCAGCACGAAAAAAGGAUGCCCUUCUCAAGUGCAGCAGCAAUCGGAAGAUCUUUGUAUCACUUUUUGUUGCAUCACUUUUUGUUGCAGAUUAUAAGUUGUACUUUAAAUUUACAAGGCGACAGACCUUUGCCUAUCUAUUCUCAGUUCUCGGAAAAAGUACGUAUGAUCAAAACACUUUGAUGUCUUUGUUAUGUCAGUGAGUAGACUUAGCUUGAUUGAAUCAUGACUACAGGCUCGCGCAUUGUCCGAUACAGAAACGAGUCUCGUAAAUGCCGAGAGCAUUGGCGUUACGGGUGCGAAGUAUCUUGUCGACCUCUUUUCGCUUGCGGAGAUAUGUACGACGCCUGGGGUGAAAAUAACCCGCGUUCCACUCCUAAAGUGGUCCAGUGGCAUCGCGGAUGAGAAGAAGUGCGGAAAAAUGGACGAAAAAGCCUUCAAAAACUUCAAAGACAUAUGUCACUUCGAAACGGUGAUGACCGGGCUUAGCGUCGCUAGUGUGCACUUAGCAGUUGCAGGUACCGACGGUUUAUAAUGCGAUACCUACUUCAAUUUUUACGAUUAUUCUCGGUCUUUUCUUGACUGUAAAUCAAUUGGUAGCCGCCACUACUAGCACUACUUCGAAGAGGCAUAAGCAUAACAACGAGGACUAUGCCGGUAGAUCUAGAACAGACACCAAAGAGCUGACGCAGCCAUCGAUUAAUAUGAAACACUUAUGUUGUCUGAGCAGUCGAGUUUCUUAAAGCAACGUAAUGCAGCUAAGAAUGGUACUUGAUAGUUGAUCCUCCUAUCUACCUUUCUAUCAAUCGAAAUCUAAAAAAGAUCGAUCAUGUGAUCGAUAUGUACAGAGGAUGGGAUUGAAACGCGGCAUACUAGGUUUCUCAUUGCAGUACGCGAAGGAGACUGGUGAGGUCUCCGAACAGGAUUUGACGCAUGCACUAUCGAAGGUGAAGCAGGCGGCGGCACUGUACCAGUACCUUGUGCAGUACAACGCGCGUCUGAAUUGUAACGCAGUGCAGAUGCAGGUACCGGAGAUUCAUCCUAGCAUGCUGGAGUGCUUCUCAAAGUACGCGCUCUUGUGUCUAAACCAAGUCAGCCUGGAGCUUGCGCGGAAAAAGCAGCCAGUGAUAAAACGGACACUGCUCGCUUCGAUAGCGCAGCAGAACCGAAUUGACGCGCUCGGGGUAGCACGAAGCAUCGUGCAGGCUUCACUAGCGUCAGGGGGCGCCGCUGCCCCUGACUCUGCUACCGGCGGGGGAGGCACAGCUAGCAAACCAGCAGCAGGAGGAGCAUCCGCGGCGCCACAGAUAGGACAGCAGCAUAGAAUAUUGAUUGCAGUGAAAUACCAUUGUGAACUUUACGCGCAAAUUAUGGGUGUCUGCGCGCCAGGCUGGAUGGCUGAGGAGGCGUUUGAGGCGCAGGAUUUUGGCACGGCAGAGGGGUGGGCCAAAGCAGCGGCUGGAGAGCUUGAGAAACUCAGAGGUACUACGACACUGCUAGUACACGUCAUUCGUGGGUUCUUAGGGUGAAUCCUACUUCUUAGUAUUGAAACGAAGUUGUAUCUUCACAAUCAUCAAUGAAUAAUACAAAUAAUUGUGAGAGUGAGAUCACGACAGGUAUGAAGAGCAACGAUGUGCUUGGCGGGAUCCGCUCACGCGAGAUGAAAUAUUGGAAGGGGAAGUUACAGGAGAUUAUAGACGACAACUCUUCAGUCUAUUACAAGCCUGUGCCAGACAACUUGCCACCGAUCUUAGCUCGCUCGAUCGCGAGUGCCGAUGGUCUCAAGUAUGAAGACUGGCAGAAACGGAGCUUUGACAUUGCCGACCUACAACUGGAGAUCGAGGGCGAAGAUGAGUACGGCCAGCCGCAAAUGCGCCCUGCCCGCGAGGGGCAAGAUGUAGCAGACUUCGUCCAGGAAGCAGACAUCAGCCGCGAAAUGUAG